AUGGCUUCAACGGUAUCAUCAUCAUCAAAUGAAAAUGCUUCAGCAGAAGUUUAUUCAUCAUGUACCGGUUUCAGUAUGAGGAAGAUUAAAGAAGAACAAUUAAAAGAUCGUGCAAUUCAAGAGACAAAGAAAAAUCGAUGUAGUAAUCAAGAUUAUGAAAUUAUUAAUGAUAUUUUAUAUAAAUUAGUUCCACGUGGGAAAAGAAAAAUUAAACUUAUAUGGGUUCCAAAAACAAUGAUAAAUCAAGUGCUUUUUCUUCAUCACGACCAUCAUACAGCAGCACAAUGGGAAUUAAUAAAACAACAACAAAAUUAG